AUUACUGACGACGUCGAGAAGGCCACUUGGCCUGAGGAUGGCUGCCCUGACAGAGAAAGCCGCAACACACAAGAGAGAUUAUGAAAUUGCAUUGCAAUGUGACCUGAUCAAUGCAGGAAUAAUUGAGCACUUUGAGGAAGAUCCAGAAAAGCUGUUAAAAGCAAAAAGAGCCAUCCUGCAUUGCAUAUGCCUAGACAAAGAUCCAAAAACUAAAGACUUCAGAAAACAAAUAAGGGAAUUGGUGAACGCAGAAUGUGACAUUCCAAGCCAUGAUGAUGUUUUUAAAUUUGAAGAGGACCAAAAUAACCAGGACGGCACAGGAAUGAAAAGCAGUUGUGAGAUAGCAAAGGAUGUUACAGACAGCAUUCCCCAUGGAUGGACGGGCACAGAAACCACACCCACAGCUGAAACAGACUCUCAAAUCACACCCGAGGCUGUAACAAACACUCAAACCACACCCGAGGCUGUAACAGACACGCAGACCACACCCGAGGCUGUAACAGACACGCAGACCACACCCGAGGCUGUAACAGACACACAAACCACACCUGAGGCUGUAAGAGACACACAAACCAUACCCAAGCCUGAAACAGACUCUCAAACCACACCCAAGGCUGAAACAGACACGCAAACCACACCUGAGGCUGUAACAGACACGCAAACCACACCCAAGGCUGAAACAGACUCUCAAACCACACCCAAGGCUGAAACAGACACACAGACCAUACCCGAGGCUGUAACAAACACUCAAACCAUACCCAAGCCUGAAACAGACUCUCAAACCAAACCCAAGCCUGAAACAGACUCUCAAACCACACCCAAGGCUGUAACAGACAAACAGUCCACACCCGAGGCUGUAACAGACACACAAACCAUACCCAAGGCUGAAACAGACACACAAACCACACCUGUUAUAUGUCAGAGAGCUCUAGAAACUGAAAACAUAGAUGAUUCACAGUACAAAAUAGAGUCCGAGAUUGACAAGCGUCUUGCUCUUUACAUUGGUAUUAGACAUUUUGAUCGAAGAGGUGAUGAUGGGAUGAGCGAUGGAACAGGGACGUACGAUGAUGAAAUGAAUAGGGAACAUGAAGAAAAAAUGGAUAGAAAAGAGUUAGAGAGAGUUUUGGAACAUUUAAACUUUACAUUCAAAAGCAACAACCUUGAAAAGGAAACAACAGAAAAAGAAGUUGAUGCACUCAUAGAUACAGUAUUGACAGAUGCAGUAAACAAAAAGGUUGGAAUCAUUGUUGUCAUGAUAAGCUCACACGGAGAGGAAGCCUUAGAGCAGAAUGAAAACAACAAAAAUAAAAAUAUACUUCGACAUCGCAUUCUGUUGGAAGACAAAUGUUUGUACAUAGACGACCUUCUGAAAAAGUUUGAAACGAAGAAGCAAUUAAAAGGCAUCCCUAAGUUAUUUUUUAUUCAAGCUUGUCGGUCUCGAGUAACUGCUGACAGGAAAGACAGGGAAGACAGGGAAGACAGGAAAUACAGGGAAGACAGGGAAGACAGGAAAGACAGGGAAGACAGGAAAGACAGGGAAGACAGGGUAGAUAAAGGAGUGGAACUUUUGGUAGAAGCAUCUGGAACAGAGAAUGGUGAGAUAACAAAGCUGAUCAAAACUCUUAAAACAGAUAGGAGUUUGCCUGACGCCAGGCCGAGGAAUUUGAAUAAACUGCCAAAACCGGCCGUUCAAAGUGGACCUCCAGUAAAACCAGAAGACACCAAGCCGCACAUGGAUGAAUCUGAAGUGAGAAACAAGAAAACAGACCAAAUACAAACCAGACCUAAUGUGGAGCAGACAAUACAUGAAGCUGACGCCAGGUCAAGAAAACCUUCUGAUGAGAUAACUGUUGAGCCUAUUCCAAAAGAAGAAAUCCCGUCUAUAUCUUGUAUUGAAGACAGUUUAGUCAUGUUCGCAUCAGCUCCAGGUUCGUGUUUUGUAACUUUUUUAUACUUCAGUAUCAACAAGGUCAUUACGAUAGACAUUGACUAUAGAAAGAGGAUCUUGUAAAUCUGCAGAAGUUGUCUUCUGUACUGUCCCUCUAGUGGAGGACUUUGGUUGCAACUGUACAGGGUGUCUACAGCAAUAGGAAUGCAAAAAUGAUUUGUAAAGGAGACAAAGAAAACAUUUCCUGCAGCUUUUAAUCGGUGAAGAAGAGAAUAAAAAGCAAUGCACAUAUAUUAUAAUUGUGAAUAGAAAACCAGUCUAUUCUGGGUCUCGCAUGUAUACCUUCAUUGAGAGGUGUACUGAGGAUGUUUUAUAAUGAAUAAUAAAGAUUCCGAACUAUGUACAGGUUCUCAGGAAGUAUACUCUUAACUGUUUUGGCCAGCAAUACAUCUGGACUAUUUUUGGCCAGCAAUACAUCUGGACUAUUUUUGGCCAGCAAUACAUCUGGACUAUUUUUGGCCAGCAAUACAUCUGGACUAUUUUUGACCAGCAAU